AUAAUUGACAUACAAUAUUAUAUUCGUUCCAGAUGGACAAGAUCAUGAUUCUAUAUAUAUAUAGAAGUGAUCACCACAGAGUUACAAAAACUUAGGAUGAGAACUUUUAAGAUCUACUUUCUUUUCCUUCAGAUACGCAAUACAGUUAUAAUGCUAGUCACCGUGCUGUACACUUCAUUCCUAAGAUUUAUUGUCUCCUAACUGGGAGUUUGUACCUUUCGACCACCUCCAGGUAGAUGGAGUUACUGUACCUAUUUUACAGAUGAGAGAACUGAGACCCAGAGAGGUUAAGUGACCUCUAGAGGCUGUGACAACCGGACAUGGUAUAAGGGAGGUCUGGCUUCAGUCUGUGCUCUUGGCGCCUUUACCAAGUACAUGCCGGAUAGAUAGUGUCUGCCUCGAGUAGAGGUGCCCUCAGUUACGCCACAGGGUGGUAAGGCAAUUGGAGAUCAGUUUUACUAAGCUCUUCUGGGUUUGUCUCCUCAAGUUCCUACGCUAUGAUUGCUUACAUCUAUUUAAUGCAGAAAGUAGCAGUUAAGCUGUGGGUUUGGAAGUCCAGAAAAGCAAAGUCUCAAAAAUCUGCUAUUGUUACAGCCUGCUGCUGAUCACUUUGAUCAGCUGCUUCAAGUGAACAUGAGUUGUAUUUUAGAGAAGACCAGCUUCGCAGAGAUCCAUCGAGAACUCCUCGGUUCUUAGUUCUUCUGCCAGAGCAGCUUUGGCAUUUUGUUUGUUUAUUUUUCUCUUUGGGCUUCUGCCCGCAGGAAGAACUGGUCCCAUUGUUUUAAAGUAAGUGUGACAGUCCUAGAAAGAGGGAGUAGAAAAACAGUUUGUUCAUCAUAUACCUCUCUCUGUCACUCAUUUUGGUUAAAAUAUUUUGCAGAGCUCUAUGAAUGUAGGGAUGCUUUUGGUACAUUUCUUAUACCCUCCAGAGGCACUCCAAGUAUUUAGUUAAAUGACCUUCAGUGGUAGAUCUUAGCUUUGCCAGCUGAAUGUGUUAAUCCAUUUGGAGUUCUGUGUAGUCUGGGUCCAUUUUUGUGUGUGUACAGGAGACCAGGGAGAUGCCAUGCAGUUUUGUUGUUUGACAUACAGUCCCAAAGAAUUGGUGGUGACAAUGGGAAAGUGACAGUCACUGGGACCCCCUUGGAAGGACAGAAAGGAAGGGGUAACUUCAUUUUUAUGGAGCAAAUACUGUUCUAAGCCUGUUACAAAUACCAAUUCUUUUAACUGGUGUAUCACUGAGCAUCUCCUGCUUACAAGGCAGUGUACUUGUGUUCCUCUAAUUUUCACAGCAACCCUGGGAGGAAGGUACUAGCUUAUCGUCUCUGUUUUACAAAUGAGGAAACUGAAGCUCAGAAAGUCAUAGUGAGUGGGAGAGUCAGAUUUCCAGCCAGGACUACCUUUGACCUUUUCCUUCAGAUGGGUGAUGUUGACUUCACUUUUGGAUCAGAAUUAGCCAUCACCUCAUUUAGAGUACAUUUUAGGGUGUGACCUGUUCUGGUAAUUAUUCUGAUUUACUGAUGGAAGACUCUUCAGCCACAGAACUCUAACACUUCUGCAUGCAAUUUAGAAGAAUAGCUCCACCAUCCUGGUUUCCUAAAGCAAAAUUUGUGGUAAGGAAUGGAAAUUAUGGGAAAAUGACACCACUGUCUUUUUUGUUGUUGUUGGCGCGAAGUUGGUUUCUUGGCCACUGUUGUCAGUUCUUACUAAAAUGAAAGUACCUGGAGUUCCCAUCGUGGCUCAGGGGGAACAAAUCCGACUAGCAUCCAUGAGGAUGCAGGUUCGAUCCUGGGGCCCCACUCAGUGGGUUAAGGGCUCGGCAUUGCCAUGAGCUGUGGUGUAGGUCACAGAUGCAGCUCAGAUCUGGCAUUGCUGUGGCUGUGGUGCAGGCCAGCAUCUACAGCUUCAGUUCGAUCCCUAGCCUGGGAACCUCCAUACGCCACAGGUGCGGCCCUAAAAAGACAAUAAAUAAAUAAAUAAAUCAAGUAAAAUGAAAGUACCUUCACAUAUUCAGCAGCUUCAUGGAGCCAGGAUUUUCAAGACCUAUCCAAGUUACCAGGGCCACGUCCCCUUUCCUGUGGCUCCACCCUCUUUGACUGUUCGACUGAGAAAAACGUCAGUGUUGUCUGUAGCAGAUGCGUGGUGUUCUCCCCCAAACCCGCGAGACUUAAUGAAAACCCUAGAAGGUGGGAACCUGUGGGAGAGAAGAGAGAAAAGACAUCUUUGCAAGGUUCCUGGGUGGAGCUACCCAUGAAUAGCAGCAAUGGCAAUGAUAAUGGCAAUGGGAAAAAUGGGGGGCUAGAACAUGUACCUUCCUCAUCCUCUAUCCACAAUGGAGACAUGGAGAAGAUUCUUUUGGAUGCACAACACGAAUCUGGACAGAGUAGUUCCAGAGGCAGUUCCCACUGUGACAGCCCUUCCCCACAAGAAGACGGGCAGAUCAUGUUUGAUGUGGAAAUGCACACCAGCAGGGACCAUAGCUCUCAGUCAGAAGAAGAAGUUGUAGAAGGAGAGAAAGAAGUGGAUGCUUUGAAGAAAAGCGUAGACUGGGUGUCUGAUUGGUCCAGUAGACCUGAAAACAUUCCACCUAAGGAGUUCCACUUCAGGCACCCUAAACGUUCCGUUUCUCUAAGCAUGAGGAAAAGUGGAGCCAUGAAGAAAGGGGGGAUUUUCUCCGCAGAAUUUCUUAAGGUGUUCAUUCCAUCUCUCUUCCUCUCUCAUGUUUUGGCUUUGGGGCUAGGCAUCUACAUUGGAAAACGACUGAGUACACCUUCUGCCAGCACCUACUGAGGGAAAGAAGAGCCCCUGGGAAAGCGUGUGACUUGUGAAGUGGUGUAUUGUCGCAGUAGUUUAUUUGAACUUGAGACCAUUGUAAGCAUGACCCAACCGACCACCCAGUUUUUACAUAUCCAAGUUACAGUAACUCUCAAAUCCAGUAUUUUAUUCAGACUCUGUUGAGGCAUUUUACUAACCUCAUUCCCUUUUUGGCCUGUAAAACACUUUAGAAUUUCCUAACAGAGUUUCCUGUUGUUUAGAAAUUUGCAAGGGCUUCUUUUCCGCAAAUGCCACCAGCAGAUUAUGAUUUUGUCAACAGUGCUGUUGUCUCCUUUUAGUACCACCAGACUUAGACCUGCAUCAUUCAUGGUAUAAAUUUUACUCUUGCAAGGUAACUCCCAUCUCUCUCGGAAAACAAGAUCAGGUGAGCAAAUGAUGUAUAAAAGCUUAGUUGUUUUGUUUUUCUAGACAAAGGCAAGCUUCCCUGAGCUUGACUUUAUAGUUAUUAAAAAAGAAAACAAAAACAAGACACAAGGAAAAAAAUAUCCUGGGCAAUAAAACAUUAUUUUAAACCAGCUUUGGAGCCACUUUCUGUCUAAGCCUCUUAAUGGCGCCUUUUAAUUUGUAGGAGGCAGGCUAUAUAAAAGAUAGGUGUGAAAUAGAAGAACCAAAAUACAUCAGCAGAUUUUAAUACUAGUAUGUUAUAAUGCUGUCUUUUCUAUGGUGUAGAAUCUUUUAUUUCUGGUAAGGAAUGUCUCAGGCCUAGAAAUCUAUGAAAUUGUCUUGGGGAUUUGUUUGUGUGCAUUUGGUAUUUUUACGUCUUUAUUCAGUGCAUGUGAAUUUUUCCUGACUUUAAGUUUUUUCUUUCCUUUUUUUUUACUUUGUUUCCUAAGAGGCUUUGGAAUGAGUCCCAAUAUGUGGUAUAAGUACUGGCUUCUUGUUUCAGGAAGCAUCACUUACACUCCAAAGCCUUUAAACUCUGAAGAUAAUUGUUUCAGAGUUAUUCCAAGCACUUGGGCAACUUUGAAAACCAAACUUGGGUUGUGGGAACAGUUGACAGAGUUCCAUAGAGAUGCCAUUCUGCUCGCCCCUUUCCUGGUUUUUACUGUACACCCUUCCCGAGGGCGAUCCCCUGUUGAGUCUGCAGACGCUGGCCAUCUCCCCCUGUAGCCAUCGUUUCAGUUUUGUUCACCCCUGAAUUUCCAGAACACUCAGCAACUUCCUCUAAUGAUACACUUUUUGUGUUCGUUUUUCAAAUGUGAAGCCUUAGGACCAAAUUGUUAGAAAGUUUCAGGGUUAUGGAUUAUUUCAAGUAGGUUUAUUGGAUUUAUGAGCACAUAGCAUGACUCUGAAGGAUACUGUUCUAUGUUUUAUAUAUAAAUAAUUACUUUUUAUGGUAUAGACAUUACUGUUGAAUAUUUAGAGAACCAUUGUUAAUUUGAAAACUAGCAGUCUCUCUAUUCAGCCAAUAAGGAGUAUCAGGUUGACUUGAAUAAAAGCACCGUGACAACCAGGUUUGCUAGUUUGCAGAAACUAACUCUUCUCUCCCUCACAUCAAGUUUUAUAAAGUUGAUGUGUUAUAGUGGAAAAUAACAGAUUAAACAAAAAAAAUUAUUUCUAACUCUUUAUUCAAGAAUAUAGCUGGCUAUCUUUAAGAAAGAUGAUAUAUCCAAAUAGUAUUCUGAAUUCAUUUACUUUUUCUUUGUAGAUUUUGGUGUCUAAAUACGUUUGGACAUCUUUUUAUCAUACCUUUUUCUCUGUCUUAUACGCAAAUCUGAUAACACUUGAUUUGCCUUCUAAAACCUAUUUAUUUCAAAUCUUCAUAUUUUAAUUUCUUUGGGAAGGAAGUAAAUUUGGUGGCCCAUUGAUUUUUUUAAAAGCCUGAAUAAAAUUGGAAAGGCUGGUAAAGAGAACUAAAUAGCUAAACUGUUAUAAUGUACAGUUUGCACUGCAGUUUGUAUCAUGGGAGGGGAAAGUAAAACUAUACUUAACAGAAAAAGCAGUUUUUUACAGGCAACACAUUGCUUUCUUUUGAAAUGCAGUAGUAAUCCUUUCAGGGUGUGAUUGAAUUUGAGUAUAUGUAUGAAUUUUUUCAACAUGGAAAAUAAAUUUAGUCCUGCCCCUUUUCUUAAAAUAGCUGUGAAAUUUUGGACAAUUGCUUAAAACAUGAACGCAUGAUCACAAGUAGGACUUAAUCAUAAGAUGAAAUCAUGCCGUAUUUAUUGAUAACCCUAAUGUAUGGGAGAAAUGUUUAUGUUCCUACCCAGAUUUGUGUUGAAUGGAAAUAGAUUGUGUCAUUGGAAAGGAGAACUCAACAAUUAACAGUUGACAUUUUAAAGAUUAAUGUUUAAAAAGCUUUACACCUGUUUACAAUUUGGGGACGAAAAGACAGGCUUCAUUUUUCUUAUGUUUGAUGGAAACUGGCUUAAAACAUUUGUAAAUAUAAUCAAGAGCAAAACUGCACAAAAUCGCACGUUGAAAAGUGCAGCAAGUUACUUUGAUUGCAGCAAAAACAUUUACUGUCUAAAAAAUGAAAACGGAAGACCUAGCCAGUCAGAUGAAUUUUCAAACGAACCAGUUGUUGAAAUUAUUGGAAUUAACUGAGCCAAAGUGAUUAUGCAUUCUUCAUCUAUUUAGUUCGCACUUUGUAUCAUCAUAUACAGUUUACAAUUACAUGUAUAACUUGUAGCUACCAACAUUUUGUGCCAUUAAAGCUCUCACAAAACUCUGUCAGUA